CAGAUAAUGAUCGAUCGAUUGUAGCUCUCAUUUUUCAAAUUACAUUAAUUUCUUUCCUUAUUUUUUAAAUCUCUUUAUCUAUUUGCGGGUCUGUAUGUAUAAAAUUCACAGACGGCAUUCAACAAGUGGCCGUUUAAUGUGUGCAUCAUCCCCACUACUAAUCGAUCGUCUACACAGCUCGGUCGUUCGCGAUAGACAGUGAAGAGAAGCAUUACCGCAGUAAAAGUGCUACAUAAUAGCAUACAUACUUGUACGUGUACGCGAUGAAUUCGUGAAUCUAUUUGAAUUGACAUAAAAAAAUUACACGAACAGAAGUGUGAUCACAUUUUUAAGUGCUACGUUAAAAUUAAUAAUGGCUAUGGAUCGAACAAUGUAUGGAAAAGUAGAACCAAGCUCUAUCUAUCAGCCUUAUAAAAUCACCAUCAAAAAAGGUUCACCUCCAGGAUAUGCUUUACUGGCAGACCUGCAAAAUACAGUGUCGUCGGAAGGAAACCAUGUCGGUAGUAACGCGACUCCUGGCUACGGAUCACUGAACGGUGCACGAACUGCUUAUAGAUCCUACGAUAAUCGAACUUCUCCUCUUCCGCCACAAUCGCCGACUUAUCAGAACCGGGAAGCCAUCGAGGAGAGCAUCGCGAAAAGUAGUGCCGGUGGGAAAAUGCCAUCUCUAAACAACAACCUCUCGGAAUUGGACACGUUGCUUCAAGAUUUAAGCAACGCUCGUUACAAUGCUCAUUAUCAGGAAAGAGAGAAUCGCGUUUCCUCGGGAGGAAUGAAUGGAGACACUAGCCCACUGCUUCGUUCUCCAAGCAGUAUGUCAGCCUCGAGGCCCACCGUCGAUUCAUUACUCGAAGAAUUAAGCACUGCGGUGCCAAACGGGGAUUAUCCUUCCGAUGGCAGGGUGAAAGUUACCAUUCAGGAAACGUCCACGGAGAUUCAACCCGUGUAUGACGGUUAUCCUUCCAGGCAGCACGGAUCGUUGAAUCGCAGCGAGGUCCAGAGGAACUAUACCAAUGGUCACACCGCCAGUAAUGCUACCAAGGAGCUUGACGAUUUAAUGGCUUCUCUAUCCGAAUUCAAGAUCAAUAGUAGUUCCCAUCAACAUCAAACAGUGACCGAUUCUCCAUACGCUAAACCGAACAAAGCAACCAAGAGUUCGCAGAGCCCGCUGCCACCCGAGGGCACGCAGACACGAAUUCACAUCACCGAAACCCACACUACUCAUCACUAUCAACAGCAACACGGAGAGUCUUAUUCGCCGCAGCCAGCGACUCAGACCAAACAGAAUCAGUUGGAUUCUAUGCUAGGAAACCUUCAAGCCGAUAUGAGUCGUCAAGGAGUGAACACUACUCAAAAGGGUUGUUGCAGCGCUUGCGAGAAACCUAUCGUGGGCCAAGUGAUUACAGCUCUAGGCAAAACGUGGCACCCGGAACAUUUCACGUGUACUCACUGCAACCAAGAACUGGGCACGCGAAAUUUCUUCGAAAGAGAGGGAAAUCCGUAUUGUGAACCCGAUUAUCACAAUCUUUUCUCGCCCCGUUGCGCCUACUGCAAUGGCCCCAUUUUAGACAAAUGCGUAACCGCUCUGGAAAAAACUUGGCACACGGAGCACUUCUUUUGCGCUCAGUGUGGCAAACAAUUUGGCGAAGAGGGGUUCCACGAGCGGGAUGGAAAGCCGUACUGUCGGGAGGAUUAUUUUGAUAUGUUCGCUCCGAAAUGCGGCGGAUGUAAUCGUGCUAUCAUGGAGAAUUAUAUAUCCGCUUUAAACAGUCAAUGGCAUCCGGACUGUUUCGUUUGCAGGGAUUGCAAGAAGCCAGUUUCUGGAAAAUCGUUUUAUGCGAUGGAGGGCAAACCCGUUUGCCCGAAAUGCGUUGGUGUCGAUGAUGAUGAAGAAGAAGAGGAAGAAGAUUGUAGGCAAAAAUUCCAAGGUGGUUCAUUCUUCGAUCACGAAGGUUUACCUUACUGUGAAACUCAUUAUCAUGCAAAGAGGGGAUCUUUAUGCGCAGGAUGUCAUAAACCAAUUACAGGUCGUUGUAUAACCGCCAUGUUCCGAAAGUUUCAUCCCGAACAUUUUGUAUGCGCAUUCUGUCUAAAACAAUUAAACAAAGGUACUUUUAAGGAACAAAACGACAAACCAUAUUGUCACGGUUGUUUCGACAAGCUAUUCGGUUAGAGUCUACCGUAAAGUAUUCAUAUUUGUAACAUAAAGACGAACAGGCUGUUUGCUUGGUAUUACAAUCUUAUAGGCUGCACACAUAUGUCUAUACCGCGUAGAAUAUGUAAUCGCUUUAGUCGUUAUACAAAAGUACACGUAUUUUACGAUUCAAGCUUCACGUGAUUCGAAGCAGCCUUUGGAGAUUUUUAUAAUCCUCGAUAUGCAAAUGGUGCAACAACUCAAUUAUAUAUCACGUAUCGUUAUAUAUUCUUAUCAUAAGAAUAUGGUAAUAGGAUAAUCGUGGUCGUUAUUAUCUUCCAUUGUCCUUAAUAAGGGCCCGUUGCUAAUAUUUUCACGAAUAUUUUAUAUUACGUAUUUCACUUUGAUCAUACAGUCUAAGAAUUAAUAAAGGG